AUGAGCUCCUUGAGUUACAACCCCUAUCUCCCGUCUGUGCAGCGGAGGCGGGUGGUGGUGCACAGCAGGACACCCUUCAGCGGAGGAAGUAGUCGCUCUCGCUCCGUCUAUUCGACCUAUUCAUCCCCGUCCCGUGCCUCGGUUCUGUCCUCCUCAGCAGGUCUGCAGCUUUCUGCUGCAUCACCAGAUCUGGACCUGAGCCAGGCCUCUCAGCUGAGCUCAGAGUUCAAAACAGUGCGGACGCAGGAGAGGGCUCAACUUCAGAACCUUAAUGACCGCUUUGCCGGCUUCAUUGACCGUGUUCAUGGCCUGGAGCUCCAGAACCGUGCCCUGGAAGCAGAGCUGCUCUUGUUGCGCCAGAGGCACUGCGAACCCUCCCGUCUCAGGGGGUUGUAUGAGCAAGAGGCGAGGGAACUCCGUGCGGCGGUAGAUGAGGCCCGUAGGGAGCAUCAAGUGGCUCAAGAAAGGCGGGACCGACUGGAGGAGGCACUCAAGGCCUUGCAGAAUCGCUACGAAGAAGAAGUCCUGGCCCGUGAGGGAGCUGAAAGACAGAUGGUGGAUGCCAGGAAGGGGGCAGAUGAUGCGGCAUUGGCCCACACUGAGCUCGAAAAAAGAGCUGACACUCUGUUGGAUGAGCUGGCUUUCCUUAAGAGGCUCCACGAAAGCGAAAUCGCCGAGCUCCAAACCCAGGUGCAAUACAGCGCCCAGAUGUCCGUUGAGAUGGAAGUGGCCAAACCGGACCUCUCGGUAGCUCUCCGCGAAAUCCGAGGUCAAUAUGAGUGCAUGGCGCAGCAGAACAUCCAGGCUGCAGAGGAGUGGUUCCGUGGAAAGGUGAGCACCAUGGCGGAAGACACGGCCAAACACACGGAGAACAUCCGCACCUCUAAAGACGAGGCUGGGGAGUACCGUCGCCUGCUAAAAGCUAGAGACCUGGAGAUCGAAGCAUGCCAGGGCUUGAACCAAGCACUUGAGCGACAACUGCAAGAGGUCGAGGAGAAACAGAGUGCAGAGAUCGCCACCCUACAGGAUACCAUCGGUGACAUGGAGAAUGAGCUAAGAACCACGAAGAGUGAAAUGGCCCAUUACCUCAAAGAAUAUCAGGACCUUCUCAAUGUGAAAAUGGCCUUGGACAUUGAGAUAGCUGCUUACAGGAAGCUUCUAGAAGGAGAAGAAACACGCUUCAAUGUGGGCGGUAUUGGCGGUAUCUCUAGUGUGUUUUCUCCCUCCAUCGCCGCCACUCCUUCUUUCGGUCGUCCUGUGUUCUCUGUUCAGGCCAGUCUGACCUCUGGCGCCCCCUAUCUUCUGGGAACCAGACUGAUGAGCUACUCUGCCAAACCAGAUGAGAUCAUUGAAGCCAGCAAGGCGCAGGAGGCUGGGGCAAGUCCAGAGGAGGAAGAGGAGGAGGAAGAAGGUGAGAAGGAGGAAGUAGAGGAGGAAGAGGGUGAGACGGAGGAGGAGGAAGAAGAAAAAGAGGAGAAAGAAGAAGAAGAGGGUGAGAAUCAUUUGUUAUAUAUAUGCACCAAUAUACAAUAA